ACUAAGUAUUGUUCUACAGAGGCCAGCAAAAUACAUCCUGACGGAUCGGAGAAUAUUGAAGAUAUCGAAAAGACAGACAGGCCCAUCGAUUCUUACAAUCAGCCUUCUUGCUUUGUUCUAUUUUGCUUGCGACGCUUGGAAGUCCUUUUGAGUCAAAGGGACACUAAGCCAGAGCAUAAUUUCAGUUAUACUAGCCCCAGUACUAUCUGUCCACCUUCCUUUCAAAUGAGUGGUCCGGUCGACCUCCAAGCUGUCCUCCUAACUAGUCUUCUCCACCAGCUUUCUCGCAUAUCCAACCGCUUGGUCACCAAUACCACGUCUGUAGCGGAUACUUUAGAUUUUUCUCAACUUGCUCAUCUUAUUCUUGCCAGACUGGCCGUCGAGAUGUCUGCAUUCGAGACUCAUUCUUAUUGGAAGGAUACAGCAGCAGUUGAUACAGAAGAUAGUAUGGUUUGCUUCAGCGCUUGCUCCACCGUUUUCGACUCGGAAAUGCAGGUUACGACAUUCACU